GAACCAAGUGCCCUAUUAGGCUUAAGGGAGGAAGAGGCUGUUUCAGACCUGGGGGAUCAUGGAAGCCUCCCUAGAGAGGUAGCAACUGGAUUAGACUAAGAAAAAAGAAUUCACUGGGAGGAAGGGCACCUGGACUGGCGGGGAGGGAGGGAAAGGAAAGGCAGGAAUAAGGAAGGCGAGGCAGGAACAAGAGCUUUGCAGACUGGGCGGGCCGGCCCAGGGGGAGGAGGGAGGAGUACACAGCUGGGUACUGCAGGGCGGGGCGGCGAGCAGGGCGCGCUCCAGCCCGCAGGUGAGGUCUGGCUAAGCUCAGCGCAGCCGCGCAGUGGAGGCGCCGCCGCCGCCAGCCUCGGGCUCCUGGGGCAGCCUCUGGGGACCGCGGGAACAGUGGCCGGAGAUCCCCGUGCCCCGCGGAUGAGGAGGAGGGCGAGCAGGAAUCAUGGGCGGCCGUAGCCGCGGCUGGGCGGCGGGGCCGCUGCCGCUGCCGCUGCUGCUGCUGGCGGGGCUGCUGCAACUAGGCGCGGCGGCGCAGGUUGGGCGCUGGACAGAAGUUGAAAUUUCUCUCCCACCUGGAGAUAACAUCACUGUUUUUGUAAAGCGUGGGACUUUAACUUGGCCAACAAACCUCUGCAACAUUAUUUUCCAGAAAAGACGCCUUCCCUCAUUGAUCAUCAAACCUGGUGAAAAGGCUGUCUUUACCUUUGAGUGUUCUGAUCCAGAGAAGCAUUAUGUCCUGGAAGUCCAGAAGAAUAUAGACUGCAUGUCCGGUCCAUGUCCUUUUGGAGAAGUUCAGCUCCUGCCUUCCAGAUUACCUGCCUUAAACAGGACAUUCAUCUGGAACGUGAAAGCUAGCCCCAAAGUUGGCCUCGAGCUGCAGUUCUCCAGCCCUCGGCUGCGACAGAUUCGUCCAGGAGAGACUUGUCCAGACCUGGUUACCUAUAGCAUCAGUAGCUCUGUUGAGAAGACGGCGGUCAACAUCGGAACCUUUUGUAGCAAUGGUACAGUCUCACGAAUCAAGAUGCAAGGAGGGGUCAAGUUGGCCUUAUACUUACCAUGGAAUGAAAACAGAAACUUUUCUGGCUUCAAUAUCACAAAUCGAUCUUCUAUAAGACGACUCUGCAUCAUUGAAUCUGUGUUUGAAGGAGAGGGGUCAGCCACCCUGAUGUCUGCCAACUACCCUGAUGGAUUCCCGGAAGACGAGCUCAUGUCAUGGCAAUUUGUCAUCCCCCCUCACCUCCGAGCCAGCGUCUCUUUCCUCAACUAUACCCUUUCCAACUGUGAGAGAAAGGAGGAAAGGGUCGAGUACUUCAUCCCAGGAUCACUCACUAAUCCAGAGGUGUUUCAACUUGGAGAUAAGCAGCCCGGGAACAUGGCUGGAAAUUUCAAUCUGUCCUUGCAAGGCUGUGAUCAGGAUUUCCAAAACCCUGGGGCUCUCCGACUGCUCUUUCAAGUUUUGGUUCAGUACCCUCAGAGUGAAGGCAACAAGGUCUACACAGUUAACCUGAGUGACGAAAGAGCCAUGUCUCUGAGCAUCGAGCCAAGACCUCUCAAGACAAGCCGGCGCUUUGUUCCCGCCUGUUUAAUCUGCGAGGGGCCUACAAGAUGCAGCUCCAACCUGACCCUGACAUCUGGCAACAAAUACAAGAUUUCUUUCCUUUGUGAUGAUUUGACCCGCCUGUGGAUCAUUGCAGAAAAAACAAUCAGUUGUACAGACAUCGGAUACUGUAGCAGGAAGAACUACCAACUUCUGGUCCCCAAUGACAUCAUCCAGCUGCCCGUUGAGCUACAUGACUACACGUGGAAGCUGCUUGUUCCCAAAGACAAAAUAAGCCUCCAGAUGACCCCUGCCCAAAAGCUUCAGCAGCACACUCACGACAAGAAUUGUGAGACCACGUUUAGUUACAUGCUAUCCAGCGCUGUCCAAGGCCAGAACCUCCAUUUUGGUUCCUUUUGCCCUGGGGGAUCAAUUGAAAAGAUUCAAGUGAAAACCAACAUCUCGGUGGUUCUGAGAACAUUCUCACCAGGGUUCUCCAAUGAGUCUUUCAGACAGGGGAUGAAUGUGACUUUUCUACCUUCUCUCAAAGAUGAAGGCGUCUUCACUGUGACCCCAGACUCCAAAGCCAAAGUUUACUUGCGGACUCCUAACUGGGACCGGGGGCUGCCCCCUUUAACCUCAGUGUCCUGGAACAUCUCAGUCCCCCCCAAUCAAGUGGCCCGCCUGACGUUCUCCAAGGAGCGGAUGGGAGUGUCCUGUGAGACGGGCCGGGCCUUCAUGAUCAUCCAGGAGCAGAAGGCAAAGGCCGAAGAGAUCGUCAGUCGGGAUGACGAGCCGCUGCCCAAGCCGAGAGACUUACAUCACAACUUCUGGGUCAACAUUUCCAACUGCAGCCCAAUGCAUGGCAAACAGCUAAAUCUUCAGUUCUGUGUGUCUCUUACUCCAAGGAAGAUGGAUAUGAUGGUGAUCAUCCUUGCAGCUGUGGGUGGUGGAUCAACGCUGCUCUUUGCUCUGGGACUCCUCAUUUGUUAUGCUAAAAAGAGCAAGAACAGAGAGGAUACCAAGGGGCCUGCAGUGGGCAUAUACAAUGGCAAUAUUAACACUCAGAUACCUGGGAAGGCAGGGAAGUUCCAGAAAGGACGCAAAGAAAACGAUUCCCACGUCUACGCGGUCAUUGAUGACACCAUGGUGUACGGACAUUUGCUCAACGGCUCAAAUGGGUCUUCCACCGGUCCCGAAGUAGAUGUGUAUCGACCCUUCCAGGGUCCCAUGGGGGAUAGACCUCCCUCCCCACCUCCCAUCUGCUCCAGGAUCUCUACCAAAAAACUCCAUCCAGAGGAACCUCGCCCAUUCCUCCUUUCCGAGUCUGAUGGGGAACCCUAUACUUUCUCUCAUCCUAAAACAGUAGCACUCAAAGGGAAUGAAGAUAACGGCAUACCCUUGUUGGAAAAGAAGGAGCCAGAAGAUGUCAUGGAAUGACAUGGAAUCCCUUUCCCCACAAAAAAAAACUCCCUCAAAAAGCACGUGGUGAUUCCAAGAGGCUUGAGAGUCAUUUUUGUGGAAAAACAAAGAAAUUGGAGGUUUUAUGGUAGAAACAGGAGGAUGAAUUUCCAGAAAAUAUCUCCAGAUGAAUUUGUUCUAGUGGCGUCAAAUCGAUGACCACUUUUUUUCUUUUAAAUUUGGAUACAAUAAUCGGAGUUCUUGUUUUUAUUAAAACCUUGCAUGGGAAAUAAAGACUAAACGAUCUGGGAUUCUCCAGCCUGUGCUUGUCAGACAGUGGAACUAGGAGAUGUGAGACUCCGGGAAUGCAGCAAAAUCGUCCUGUUCUGGAGCCUCUAAAAAGGGAAGGGACUUUACCACGUCAUGUAGAGGGCUGAGAUCUAGGGGCUCACAGUGGUCCAUUUUGUGAACUCUCCUCUGACAGGGACUUCUUAGUGCAGAUGUGGCUUUUUAAAAACUUAUUUGCUUUUGGAUUUUAAAGUCAGGAUGGGUAAAGAAACCUCCUCAGUGAAAGAUAUGCUGAUUAUCUGGAAGUGGCUGGGAUUGGGAUUCUAUUAACCUGAGGCAAAAAAAAAGAAAAUGCGAUUGUCACAUCUUUCAAAGUUAAAGUAUUUUGGGUUCUGUUUGGCCAGUUGAGUUAGAUAUGUCAUUUCACUGCAAACAGUAUCUGUCACAUUAUGGAAUUACAAAUGGGAAAGGCUUUAGAAGUUGUCCAAUAAAGUCUCUCAGCUUAUAGAUGAGGAAACCAAGAUUCAAAGAGAAGUAACUAUACACACACAUAUUAUACAUAUAUAUGUGUAGGUCUAGAUAUACAAAUACAGAUAUAUGUGGGUUUCAAUGCAUUGAUGACUUAUUCCCUUUACUCCUUUUACUCUCCCAUGGUUCUCUAGCCUCCACUGGCAAUUACAAGGAAUCUCAUUCCUUAUACUUAUAUUUAUUAAAGGAAAAGGGAAAAAAAAGCAAUAAAAUCCAACUCAUUUUUUAAGUUA